UGGAUCUCGUUAUUUGAUCUUACAUUCCAAACAGGGGUGUAAGAUAUAUGUAGUACUAUCUUAUUCUAAUCAUAUUUAAGGGACAAAGCAACCCAUUCAAUCAGCAAUGAAAUAAAUUAAAUCGACUUGCCGGCAGAUGGCGACCGACGCGUUGCUAUGGUUACGUAGACGCUUUCGGGCGCUCUGUAUACAAGCAGUCGCCUUCAUGAAAACCAAGAAAUGCAGCUGUUGUAAGGUGGCGACGACACCGUUGCCAUGGUUACGUAGACGCGUUCUACUACUCUUCCAGAGACUUUAGUACAUGACUGGCGCUGUGACGAACAUACUUACAGAUCUACUGGAUUCCAAUGAAAAGUGCUGCCACGUGACACCUUGCAAAAGGGGGCAGCGCCUAAUUGGCACUAUUGGCACACCAUGGCCCGUUCUCCUUCUUCCCAAGUGACCGACUUAGACGUGAGAGCAUUGUCUACCCUACUCAGCCUCAGUGACGUGGAUGACGAUGAGGUCGAAGCUUCGAGAAGGAGAAAGGGCGGGCAAGAUCUGACACCCGCCAGCCUCACGGGCAUAACGAAGGUGUCCAGCUCCAGAAGUGGAACCGAUCUCGCGAACAGUGCUGGAUGCCGCGAAUCGACCAAAACAAAGAGUGUUUCAUGGAAUAAAUCCUUGGAAUCGCUGUUGGGUGACGUCUGGGAGGUAGAAGAGGUGAAGCUAGGUCAAUGUGUGGAACCCGCUGACCCUCGACCCCAACCCGAAUAUGAGGUCAACUACAGGCAACGUGUAACCGCCAACCAAGUGUAUUUACCGCUGAGCAGCCUGGCGAGCAACGGCCGCGGGGAGGAGGACCUGGUGGUGCGCGUCGUGCUGCCCGGCGACCUCUUCACCGAAGUCAACCUCGAAGUCACCUCCAGCACCCUUCGCCUGGCCUCGCCCAACCACCUGCUCCACCUGCCCCUCCCUCGCCAGGUGGACCAGAGGAACGGCGUCGCCACCUGGGAUCCCAACGCCCACACUCUGGUUGUCACGUUGCCGAUAUCUGCACAUGCGCAGCCGUUGCUCAGACCCGCAAGUUCUUCCCGCUAGAUGUCUCUCGUUUACGCCCACUUAGAGGGUGAUAAUGGGUAAUUCGACACGUCUCCCCACGUCCACGCCCAUGCCCCUGUUCCACGCCCACGCCCGUGUCCUAGCCUUUGGAUGUAGGCUUGUGUGUGGUCUUCCUUCAGUGCUUUAAUCACACCUUUUCUGCAAUCGGCGCCAAAU